GCUGCUCCUCAUUAAGCGCCGUGACCGGGGCUGCCCGCGGCCGGGCGGGCAUGGAGGUGGCGCGGGAUAGCGUGGGAUCGCUGCUGCGAUCUUUCAUAUCCCUAGGAGCAUCUGUGGGAGCAGUAACAAAACAGACCCUGUUCCCUGCUCUCAUGCCUGCUGGGCGCCCUUUCCGGGUGUCCAAUGCCUCCCGCAGCAGCCGGAAAGGAAUUGUUGCAAGCAGCCUGCAAGAGCUCCUCAGCAAGACUUUAGAUGCCUUUGUUAUAACUGCUGGAAUAGUUACUCUGGUUUUGGAGGAAGAUGGCACAGUUGUGGACACUGAAGAGUUCUUCAGGUCCCUGGAUGAUAAUACACACUUCAUGGUUCUGGAAAAUGGACAGAAAUGGACACCAACAAAAAAUGGAGUUGUUGCUGUGAGAAAAAAGAAGAAAAUGGGAGUAGCUAACAUCACAUUUGAUUUGUACAAACUGAACCCUAAGGAUUUUAUUGGCUGCUUAAACAUCAAGGCAACCUUCUAUGAGAUCUACUCUAUCUCAUAUGACAUCAAAUGCAUGGGAGCAAAAAGUGUAUUACGGAAAGUGCUUCAACUAAUGUCCCAUGCAGCACAAAUAACUGGACAGUUUCUCCUCUACACUGGGACAUACAUGUUGCAGUUGAUGGGUGAAUAUGAUGAAGAGGAGAUGUGCACAAGAUCCAGGCGGGAGUAGUGACCGCAGCUGCGCUUCUGAUGCCUGUGAAACUGGCAUUGAGCUGAAGUUUGCUCCUGCUGACAAUGGAACUACGUAGUGCAACUUCAGUCAUACUUCAGUGACUGACUCUUCUCAUGAAGUCUAAUUGGAGAUUGUGCAACUACUAAGCAGAAAGUUAAGAUUUAGCCUUACUUCCCUUAAAACAAAUAAAACCUUUCCAUUAUCA